AUGCAGAUGGACUCUCAUGCCAGGAGGACUAACAGACCAGCGGUGGUUCCUGAGGCCCUCCCUAAGAAAGGGGAGCCCCAGGGAAACCACCUGCGCCAGGGGGGAGAAGUAUCAGGUACUGGAGGAGGGCCUAGCAAGCGGGUGCAUUAUACCCAUUAUGAGGAGCUGCUGCUGCCGUAUAUACACCGGGAGAGCGUGAGCGGUGUGUCCGGAACCUUCGAUACAGACCGGAAUGUUGGCCAAGAUUCAUCCCCACCUGGGCCGAGCAGGCGCAGACCAAUGGCAUCUGCUCCCAUUCCAGGUGGACGCUCCUUGUCUGGGCUCCACUCCCCACGUCUGACCCUGUUUGCCACGGUGUGUGAGAAGACGGUGCUGAAGCGAGUGCUGAAGGAGUUAUGGCGAGUAGUAAUGAACACCAUGGAGAAGAUGAUUGUGCUCCCGCCCCUUACGGACCAGUCGGGGACUCAGAUGAUUUUCAGUGCAGCCAAGGAGUUGGGCCAUUUAUCCAAACUGAAGGAUCACAUGGUGAGAGAAGAGACGCGCAGCCUGACCCCCAAGCAGUGCGCUGUGAUGGACCUCGCUCUCGAUACCAUCAAGCAAUACUUCCACGCCGGUGGCAAUGGCCUGAAGAAGACCUUUCUGGAGAAAAGCUCAGAACUCCAGUCUCUGCGCUACGCCUUGUCCUUGUACACACAGACCACAGACACACUCAUCAAAACCUUUGUGCAAACACAGACGUCUCAGGGUUCUGGUGUGGAGGAUCCAGUGGGAGAAGUUUCCAUACAGGUUGACCUGUUCACACACCCAGGGACUGGGGAGCAGAAGGUGACAGUGAAAGUGGUGGCGGCAAACGAUCUAAAAUGGCAGACGACGGGGAUGUUCCGACCCUUCGUGGAAGUGACAAUGAUCGGCCCCCACCAGAGCGACAAGAAGAGAAAGUUCACCACCAAGUCCAAGAGCAAUAACUGGGCGCCCAAGUACAACGAGACGUUCCACUUCAUCCUGGGGAACGAGGACGGGCCGGACUGCUACGAGCUGCAGGUGUGCGUGAAGGAUUACUGCUUCGCCAGAGAGGACCGCGUGUUGGGCAUCGCCGUCAUGCAGCUGCGCGACAUUGCGGAUAAGGGCAGCUGCGCCUGUUGGUGCCCCCUGGGCCGCCGGAUACACAUGGACGACACCGGCCUCACCGUACUGCGGAUCCUCUCCCAGAGAACCAACGACGAGGUGGCGCGGGAAUUCGUCAAGCUGAAGUCGGACACUCGCUCCACGGAGGAGGGGAGCUGAACUGGGGCAGGAGGAUCCCUUCCCGCCCCAUAGUGGGGUAACUUGUGCCAAUUCUACCCCCAACACCAGCCAGGAAGUGCAUGGCGGGAAUCUCGCUGCUGCUCUAACAGGAAUUUAUUUAUGUUUAGAGGCGAUACUUCCCCUUUAGUAUCCAAGCAAAGUGUUCCGGGGUUCCGCGACUGUCAAUGAUUUAUUGAAAAGGGAAUCUUAUCUGUGUCUCCAUGGUUACGGAGCUCCGGAAUUCUGUUGAUGUGACUGUUACAGAACCUGUAACCCCUGUGCUCGGCCACGCCCCCGGCUGAACUACACUUCCCAGCAUCCUCAGCACCCUACCAACGAUUUCCCAUUGUUUCCCCUUGAUACAAGGUGUUUUCUACACAGUUACAAACCCAAUAUUAUUAUUGCUACUAUUAAUAAGGGGGCGCUGUGCCCCAAAAGUGCCAUAACGUGUGUGAUAGUGAUUUGGGGGUGACCCCGCAGAUUUGUGGGCGACAUUCCUAUAUCUUUCUGUGGAUGAUGUGAAACUGAAGAUAUAUUUGCACAAGAGACGUAACAGCCAAUCAGGAGGCUGCUAUUUAUUUCACAAGUCUCCCUCCUCCACCUGAAUGUGAAUGUUGGGAGCGACGGUGCGGCUGGUUUUUGCUCCCAGAACCUAGAACAGUUCUAGAUCAGCAGAGGGGGCAAUUGUGGGACUUACGUCUGCCCUGAACCUCGCUUUCCUGCAGUGUUGGGCAGUACAACCCAUGUUACAUACGGGCAGCGGAGAGGUCUGAUUACUGCCAUACUGACCCGCGGAUGCCCCGCCUCCUUAGCAGCGGGUGGGACACGCCCAUAUUAUUAUCUCACAGGCAGAAUACGGGGAGACUUUGUAUCCUAUAGAUUUCUGAUCAUCGUUAAGUGCCAUUGUCACUAAUACACUUAGUUUAACCUGUAAUAAAUGAUCUUUUAGCAGCUA